AUGCUGAAGCCGCGGACUCCGAAGCUCGCGCCUCUUCUGCGGCUACAUUACCGCCUUCCAGCGAUUAUGGAUUCCAAGACCGCUCUUGAGUGGGACGACAUCGCCGGCCUCAAACGUGUCAAAGAUACUCUGAAGGAGGUCGUUAUUUUUCCUAUGCUCCGACCAGAUCUCUUCACUGGGUUACGGGGACCACCGAAGGGUCUGCUGCUGUUUGGCCCACCGGGUACGGGCAAAACACUGAUAGCUGUUAUCUUUAUUGACGAAAUCGACUCCCUACUCUCCCAGCGUAGCGAUACGGAACACGAGUCCAGUCGCCGAAUAAAGACGGAAUUUCUGGUUCAGUUGGACGGUGUUACAACGGGCGCGGAUGACCGUCUUCUUUUGGUUGGCGCAACAAACCGACCACAAGAACUGGACGAGGCUGCUAGGCGGAGAUUUGUCAAGAAGCUGUACAUACCACUGCCAUGUACCGAGGCCAGAAGACAAAUCGUCAGCAGGCUCAUUUCCCAGCAGCAGCACUGUUUGUCUUCGGAGGAUCUGGACGUUAUUGCAGAAAGGUCUGAUGGUUUCUCCGGCGCUGAUGUAGCGAACUUGUGUAGAGAGGCAGCAAUGGGCCCAAUCAGAAAUCUAUCCAUCGAAGUUAUCCAAUCCAUCGCCUGUAGUGAGGUACCACCGGUACGCAUGGUGGACUUCGAGAUGGCGUUCAAUCAUGUAAAGGCAAGCGUUUCUCCGAAAGAUCUCGACCAGUACCUCGCCUGGAACCGACAAUAUGGCAACUUCCAAGUAUGA